CUUCGUCUCGAUAUUGCCCACUCUUCAUGUUCCCGCCCAAAAAAGUCUAGGGUUUUGGAUUCAUGAAGCACUUUCCCUCCAUUUUUCCUCACAUCAUCUUUCCUCGCUCCUUGGCUCUCUGUCUCUCCGAUCAAAAUGCCGGCGCUGAGCUGGCGACACCACACCCUCAUCCAAGCCCUGCUGUCCCGCGGCCCUCUCCCGGAAGCCGAUUUCAAGUCCAUCUUCCAUGUCGUCACAGAAAAAUCUCCAGCUGCACAUCAGCAGCUAUUUAAUGAGUUUCUAAGGAAGAUAAAUGCAGAACUGGCGUAUGUCCAAUUUGAACUGAGGGCCUGCAAAAACCAGUAUGAUGGUAGUGUAUAUUAUGGAGUUGUGAAUAAUGUUUCUGAUGACCAGUCAAAGCUUGGGACUAAAUAUUCGGUUCCUCAGAUUGCUUUCUAUAAGGCCAUGAUCGAAGCUAUUGUCCAGGAUGGGGCUGAAGGCAGCAUAUCAAAAAUUCAGGCUAUAAACAUACGCUUGGAAAAUCAAGUACUUAAUGAUUCAAGCUCACAGUCACAAACAGAAUCAACACAGGUUCCAGCAGCAUUUAGGAAUUUUUCAAUGUCUCAAAAGGAAAAGACAAUUGAAGAGCUGGUGGGGGAUAGCUGGCUAUGCUUAACAUCAGAUGGUAAAGUUGGGCUAGGGGUGCGUUCCUUUCUUGAUCUCAGGAGUUGGUUCCGCAGCAACGAGGUUCCUUCUUGUCAAUUUUGCAACGAGGCUGCUGUGAAGGUGGAAUCGUGCCCAAACUCGAACUGCAAUGUCCGAAUCCACAAGUAUUGCCUUACCAUGAAGUUUUCUCAAAGGAAGGCUGAAAAAGUUUGUCCUGGUUGUCGCACAGACUGGCCUUUCAUCAUUGCUAAAGUGGAAAAGGUAGAAGAGGAAGAUCAGGUCCCAAGGAAGAAGGGAAGAAGAACAUACCAAGAAGUCGGUACUGACAACCCAAGAACCACUGCUUCUCAGAAUACUGCAAACUCUCCAGCAAGGUUAACUCGGCGCUCUUCCCGCCUGCAGAGCGCCAGCUAAUCAAUAGGGAAGAGAAAGGCUCGGGGAAAGAGGACUCUGGGAUCCUUAGUUCUUAGUUUAGAUUCUUGGCAUUUUUGCUUAGGGCAAGGAUAAUUUGACACCCGACAUGGGUAUCAUAUGAUGACACCCGGUGAUUUGAGGGCUCUAUGGUGCUCCAUUCGGCCUUGAAGUAGUUUCUUGCCCCUAGCCCUUCCCUAAAUUUCAUGCUCUGGCCUCGCUUUUAUGCUACAAUGGUACUAUAGCAUGAUGUUGAAUCUAGAGGGUUGGGAUUGGCUAGGAGGGUAGAAAUCAUGUCAAGGUCGAAACGAAGCACCGUAGGACCCGCACAUGACAUGGGUGUCAUAAUAUGACAUCCAAUGUUGAGUGUGAAAGGAACCAAGCGUUUUGCUUACUAACCAAUCUUCAUUGAACUUUUAGCAAUUUUA